AAGGAGUAGAAGAAGAAGAAGAAGCCAAAAUAGUGCAGACGAAGAAGAAGAAGAGGCAGAGGGGGGAAACACAACAACUUCUGCACCGUGGCAGCAGAGAUGAACAGUGAUCAACAGCAAAAAGUUCAUAUAUCUAUCCAGAAGGGAUCAUCAUUUCCUCCUCUGCUACAAUGCAACAGUUGCUGUCCUCCGGGUAAAGUGCACUGUCCUUUCUGUACACCAACUUUUUUCAAACCCCAAAUACCCACCAGAGUUAGGAUUCAUUUGCAAGAUCAUCUAAGGAGAGCCGUCUUCAUUGGAGAGUACACAAUCCACAGAUGUAGUCUGGAGUGCAGAAACAGGCCCCAUUACCACUGUUUGUACUGCAAAUCCACGCUACUAAAGAAAUAUGACUUCACCCAUCACUUAUCAGCCUGCCAAGAGUCCCAUAUGUUGCGAGCCAUAAGAUCUUCACAAUUACAGACAUUCAUGGGCAUAAUAGUCCAAACUGGAGAAUUGAAUGCCCCAGCGCUGACCCCUGGAGAGAAUGACGUCCCUGCAUACGACACAAAGAACACAGAUGACAGUAGCGGAAUAAUCAUCAUCCAGGAUCAAGACGACCAAAACGGUGGAGAAGGCAGCAGCCAGUCAGGUUCUUCCGUCAUCUCCGAGUCAAACCAAUGUGACACUGCAGGGAUGACAAAGAGGAGCACAGACUCUCCGAAAAAUGAACAAACUGUUUCGACAAACUCUGAAAAACCACAAGACUGCGAUGAAUACUACUUCAUGGGCCUUUUGGAAAUGUUUAAAAGGUUGUCCCCUCAGAAAAAGGCAGAGGUCAGCAUGAAAAUCGAGAGACUUCUCUUUGAGGCUGGGUUUGAGUAGCCGAGGGUUUACACACACACACAAACAAAAUGAUUGUUUAUUUUUGUUUACUGGUGAUCAUGUGUUUUUUUUUG